CGUGUGCAUCUUGUUUCACUCGCUAGGACCGUGUAUUUAUAUCUGUUACCCGGGAUCGGACAACCGAACUGGAAUGACGUUUCGCUUCAGUAACCCUGCGGAAUUGCAUAUCUCUGAAACUGGUUCGAAAAUGAGGGAGGUGGUUUCGACAAGUUCAAUAUUCAGAAAGAGGUGAUUCAGCCGGUUGGGGGCUUCAACAUGUCCGACAACGGCAGCAAUGUUUCGAGGCGAUCUUCCUCUCAGACCUCUCACGCCUCAGCAGAUUUGAAAAAGCCUAAGACGCUGCGAGGAGCACCAAAGCGACAUGGCUCCAAGGCUUCCUCCAGAUCUAUCGACGAAGAUGACCCUGCAUUGACAUCCUUCCCUUCCUUCUCUCCGGAACCCGAAUCGAAGUCGUCAGACGUGACUGUGCAAGAGGUGGUACCCAGGCCCAUAAGAACAAUAUCACAGAAAGUGCGAGAAAGAAAGGCAACUCUGGCUGGGCUGACCAGUGGUUCUCCAACAUUGAACAAACAAAAUGCUCUGUUCGACGACUCGCCGCGUUCGUCAAUCGACAUCCCGGGCUCACUGCACCUGGCAGGAGACGACCACAUUGAACGACUCAUAGCCAAGACUGGCGCGGUGAAGCUACUCCGACAAUACGCAUCCGACCUGGCUCAGCGGGAUGCCGAGAUCUCAACUCUGCGCAUUCGAGCAGAUUUAAGGGAGAGGGAAUUGAAGAGGCUCCUACGGGAAGCGAAUGUAUCAACAUCGGAGGUGGAAAAGCGUUUGCUUCGUCUGGAACAGGGUGCUUCUGGUGCAGAAGAUCAGGACCGAUCAAGCACCCCGGGCAGGACAGCAUCUGCUACAUCGCUCAACGGCAUGAUGAAUGAGGCCAUGGCGGAUGGCAUGAUAUUCGCGAGCUCCUUGGAUGGAACCAUCGAUUCAACACCAGAGCCCCAAAGUCCUGUCAAUCUCUUGCACUCCGAUCCAAAGGGCAAUCGCAGUAGGGCUGAGUCUACGGCAUCUACGUCAAUACAGCGUAAAGAUAGCAGGGCAGCGAGCAGAGCUAACAGCCUACUCAGCGAGACCAGUCAAGACUUGGAUGCCACUCUGCGCCCUCGGGUUGCAAGCUCAAGUUCUAACAAGGUUUCAGCGCUGCAAAACAUAUUUCAACAACCAGCAAAUUCCUCUAGCUACUUCAUUGGAGGAAAGCCGCUUAGAAAGCAGAAACUUGGUGAUGAGAUUAGUGUUCGCUCGAAUCAAUCUGGUCGAUCAUUUGCUUCCUGGACACAAAUUUUCGGUGGAAAGACUCAAGCAGGACGAUCCAGAGCGUCCUCAGUGGGACAAGAUGCCAACAACACGAAUACAGCAAGCGAAGCGGAAGCCUCGCUUUCGAACUUGACGAAGACACGCACAAAUCCUCCACAACCUACCACUGAAAGCGGGAAGAUGCGGCCACCAGCACGACGUGUUCCGACCGCGACCAGACUCACACCAAGCCCGAAUCAUGCUCGAAAGGAGUCUAACGCGAGCAGCAUUCCCCCAACCGUGGAGCUGGACUCCAUGAUUGAAAGCUCACAACUGCCACCGACCAUGACCAAUCAGUACAAUGACAAGCACGGCUUGCUAACAGACAGAUUUGGUUUCAUAUAUGACCAACAUCGACGCAAACGACAAAAUUUGCAACUCGCGCGGCACAAGCGCAACAAAAUGAGCAACACGGAGACCAUAGCGAGCUUUCGAGCCGGAGAAAGUCCAGGGUCUGGAGAGCCCCCGGUUGAAAGACCAUCGACCCCAGCUUCGAUCGAGGAUGAAUCACCUAAGAAGUCGUGGCAGGAUUAUUUGAAAGUCCCUGCAGCCUUGUCAUCGGGAAGACCUAGGGAACUGCUGUCGCAUACUCCAUCUGCGAGUGCUGUGGUCACAGUCAACACUGCUGAUGUGGCUGGCACGAUUACUCCCCCACAUAGAAGUCGAGAGACAUCUUUGUCGGCUCCUGUCUCGGCGCAGAAAGCGCUUCCAACAACUAGCGUCGUGACGGAGCCGCAGACUUCUGCAGUCACAGUCACUUCUUCAGAUUUCUUGGCCGAUGGCGAGGUCGAAUCUGCAAAUGAGUCUGGUCCUGCUAAAAUGCUGCUCGAUCAGUUGACAGACCUUCACGACGCGUUGCAAACCGAGCGAGGUGCUCGCUGGAACGAUUUCUUACGUCGAGUGCGAGCCGAGAGAGCGAGUAGUUCAGACCGGACGAGCAACAACACACCUGAAGCGGAUCUUCUUGACGGCGAACUUAUCGGUAUUGCAACGCUCGGGCGAUCCAAGCAAACGAAGAACAAAUAUUUGCAUUUCAAAUCCUUGGUUCUCGCUGGCAUACCCGUAGCGCUUCGACCAAAGAUCUGGGCGGAAUGCUCAGGGGCAAGUGCACUACGAAACCCAGGCUACUAUGAAGAUCUGGUGGCUCGUUCGGAAGAAGGCACAGACAUUGACCCAGAUAUUGCAAGUCAAAUCAAGGCGGAUGUUCGUCGCACAUUGACAGAUAACGUUUUCUUCCGCCAUGGACCUGGUGUCCAGAGACUGGAAGAGCUGUUGAGGGCGUAUUCAAUCCACAAUCCUCGUAUUGGAUACUGUCAAGGCAUGAACCUCAUCACCGCCUCACUCUUGCUCAUUUGCGCCACGGCAGAAGAUUGUUUCUGGCUGCUCGUAGCCAUCAUCGACGUCAUUCUUCCUAGCCAAUAUUUCAGUUCGACCUUGUUGGUCGCCAGAGCCGAUCAAGUCGUCCUGCGUCAAUAUGUUGUCGAGAUCCUUCCCAAAUUGAGCGCCAAGUUGGAAGAGCUCGGUGUCGAACUCGAGGCAUGCACAUUCCAUUGGUUUCUGUCGCUGUACACUGGCGUCUUGACGGGUGGAGAAGCCCUCUACCGUGUCUGGGAUGUUAUACUUUGUCUCAACAGCUCCGAUGCGGUCCCGCAGGUUCUCAGUCAGAAGAAUCUUACAGUGGACAUGCCGUCGCUCAACCUCAGCGCACCGCCUACGCCGACCACGCCUAGCAUGCCCGAUCUUAACAAUGCCGAUGGUGAACACGACGGCACCAGUUCACCGUUCUUGUUCCAGCUGGCUCUGGCGCUGUUGAAACUCAAUGAAAAUGCGAUUUUGGCACUGGAUUCGGCGGCACAGGUGUACACGUACAUCAAUCACAACAUGACGAACCAUGCUAUCAGCAUCGAUGCGUUGAUUCAAGCUAGUGAGGCGCUAAGAAUCAGAGUCAAGAGAAAUGAAGUUCUGGAACGAAGGAAGGCUGCUAUCAAAGAGCUUGGAGCGUGAUUGCCCGGCCCAGCAUUUUUGGCUGCGAGCCCAGUGGUGUUGCUUGGGCUGGAUAGGAUAUGAUAUGAGCGAUGAGCCAGCGGCGGGUCUGCGAGCAUGGAUUCGGUUUCCUUUGU